GUCAAUUCAAAUCAAACAUUGAACAGUUGAAGCUUGAAACAUUAAAAUGAAGUUAACUGCCAUUGUGGAAGUGAUCCUACUUCUUGCGAGUACUUCUCAUGGUGGUCCAUGUCCUGAAAACAUCAUGGCCAGAGUAAACAAAGUCCUUAAAGACUAUCCUAUCAUUGAUGGACAUAAUGAUUUCCCUAUGGGCGUCAGAGACUUAUUAAACAAUGAUGUGUCACUUCUUAACUUUGAUCAUGACCUAACUAAAGAAGAACCUUGGGCUUCAUAUUACUUCAACCAUGUUGACAUCCCUAGAAUGAGAAAAGGGAAAAUGGGAGGUCAGUUCUGGUCUGCAUAUAUUAGCUGCAGCAGUCAGUACAAGGAUGCAACACAAAAGUUCCUUGAACAGAUAGAUGUUAUUCAUCAGAUUGUUGAUAAAUAUCCAGAAGAUCUAAUGUGGGCAGAUAGUGCAGCUGAUAUAGAACUAGCAUUUUCAAAGGGUAAAGUGGCAAGUCUGGUAGGUGUGGAAAGUGGUCAUGCAAUUGGUAGCAGCAUGUCCAUUCUCAGAACACUGUAUUCAAUGGGGGCUAGAUAUAUGACCUUGACUCAUGGCUGUAACACACCCUGGGCAGAUGCUGCACAAGUAGAGGAUGGUUCUUUUCCCUCUAGAGUCAAUGGACUAAGUGAUUUUGGAGUUAAAAUAGUUCAAGAAAUGAACAGACUUGGCAUGCUAGUAGAUCUCUCUCAUGUGUCUUCUGAUGCUAUGCGACAAGCAAUUCAAGCAUCUUUUGCACCUGUUAUAUUCUCACAUUCAAGUGCCAGAGCAGUUGCAGCACAUUCUAGAAACGUUCCUGAUGAUGUCUUAGAAAUGGUAAAGGAAAAUGGUGGAAUAGUUAUGGUGAACUUCUACACCUGCUUCUUAGUUGAAAGCUGCAGAACCCAAAAUGCAACAGUUCUGGAUGUUGUGAAGCACAUAAAUCACAUUAGAAAAAUUGCUGGAGUUGACCAUGUUGGAAUUGGUGGUGAUUACAAUGGAAUAGAUGUUACCCCAGUUGACCUUCCCGAUGUAUCCUACUAUCCCAAUGUUUUUGCUGCACUCAUUGAAGACACUGAAUUUGAGUGGACAGAUGAAGACCUGGGAAAGUUGGCUAGUGGGAAUCUGAUCCGUGUCUUGAAGGAAGUUGAAGAAGUUCGGGACUUAUUAGCCAUAGAGGGUCAGAAACCUGAUAAUACCUGGAUAUCCUCAGCAGAUCUUGGAGAUGACACAGCUUGCAAUUCAAAAUAAUUGCUUUCAUAGAUUUGUCAAUGCUAAAUAAAUAAACCUAAGCUUCAUGUAGAAA